AUGCAGGAAGAAGGAGACUAUGAAGCAGAAUUUGUGAAUGAUGACUAUGACGAUGCACUUGAUGAAGAGUCUGAGCCUGAUGUGGAACAGGUACAUGCUGAGAUUUGUAGGGAUGAAGCAGCGGUCCAACAAAUGGGGUGUGAUGGUCUCACUGGACAGCAUAAUUAUGAGAAUUUGCAACUCAUAGUACAGUCUUCUGGAACAAAUGAUGUUAAGGAGGGCGAAGUAUUUGAUACGAAGAAGGAGUUGAGUUUGAGAAUGCAUUUAGUUGUAAUGCGGCUGAAUUUUCAGUUUAAAGUAAAAAAGUCGACACCGGAACUAUAUAUACUAUGCUGCGUUGAUACUAGUUGCACCUGGAGACUUCGAGCUACAAAGCUGAGGGACUGCAAUUUGUUCAAGAUAAAAAAAUACUAUAGCAUCCAUACAUGCAACGGUGGAGUUUUGAAACAGGAUCAUAGGCAAGCCAAGAGUUGGGUGGUUGGACAUCUUGUCCAAGCGAAGUUUACAGACGUCUCCCGCACGUAUAGACCGAAGGACAUAAUACAAGACAUGAGGAAGGAGUAUGGUGUGAAUUUAAGUUAUGACAAAGCUUGGCGGUCCAGUGAGGAAGCACUUCGACUUAUUAGAGGGGAUCCAGCAUCGUCAUACGGUCUACUACCAACUUAUGGUGAAGCAUUAAAAAUCAUGAAUCCAGGUACUAUUUUCGAAUUGGAACUCAAAGGUGGAAAAUAUUUCAAAUAUGUCUUUAUGGCUUUGGGUAAAUCGAUUAGAGGGUUUCUGGCUUGUAUUCGACCAGUGUUGGUUGUCGACGGGGCCCACCUAAAAGGGAAGUUCAUAGGGGUAUUGUUAAUAGCUUCUGGUGCGGAUGCGAAUAACCAGAUUUACCCCGUUGCAUUUGCUAUUGUUGACGGUGAGACUGUAGCAUCAUGGGUAUGGUUUAUGACUCAAUUAAAAGGUACGCCCGGCGUAGUGAACAAUUUGGUUUUCGUUUCUAAUAGACAUCACACUAUUUGUAAGGCAAUUGACAAGGUAUUUCCCACGGCAUUUCAUUGCUUUUGUAUACAACAUAUUAAGAUGAACUUGUUAGCAAAAUUUAAAGUCGAUGCAAAGGCACUCGAGGAACUAUUUCUAAAAGCUGCGAAAGCAUAUCGAGAGUCUUAUUUCAACUCAAUCUGGGCUCAACUUGGUGCGUACCCUGGUGUGAGGGAGUAUCUGGAUGACAUUGGAAAGGAGCGUUGGGCUCGUUGUUUCCAAACAGAAUUGAGGUACACACAGAUGACCAGUAAUAAUGCGGAGUCCGUGAAUGCCCUCUUUAGACACGCGCGUAAGUUGCCAGUAACUGCGUUAUUGGACCAUAUUAGAGGUCUGUUACAGACUUGGUUCUACGAUCGACGGACGCUUGCCUCUUCCCGAUCAACCACAUUGUCCUACUACGCAGAAAAUAAGCUUGCUGAAUACUCGGACAAUGCCAGGAGACACGUUGUAGUGAACAUCGACCAGUUUCAUGUCCAGGUACGUGAUGGUAACCUUGACGGGAUUGUUGAUUUCAACUCUAGGACAUGUAAUUGUCGGGAGUUUGAUUAUUUUAAAAUUCCAUGCUCUCAUGCUAUUGCCGAGGCGAUGAUGCGAAACAUAAAUCCGUACACUCUGUGUGACGAGGCAUACACGACGAACUCCUGGGUAAUGGCUUAUGCAGAACCAAUAUUUCCAAUUGGUCACGUCUCAACGUGGAACAGUUCUCCAGAUUUUGUCGAUACACCGGUAGAAGCACCAUAUAUGGUUCCUAGAGUUGGCAGGAGGCGGACAGUUAGGAUUCCUUCCACGGGCGAGGUGCGCCAAACACGUAAGUGCGGUCGGUGUGGUACAUCGGGGCACAAUCACAAAACAUGUAAUGAACCCCUUAACACAGCGUAA